AUGCAGCAGGAACGCGCACGUGCACUCUUUGCAAAAUAUGGACUCACUCUGGACACCACAGACUGGAUUGCCCCUCCCGCUCCGAUGCCCACUGUGCAACGCGUAGAGAAGUCUAUCCGCAUGCGCGUUCAUCGCAGUUGUCAUCACUGCGGAACUAUAUAUGGAGCCGACAAGCAAUGCUUGCAGUGUGAGCACAAGCGGUGCAAGAAGUGCCCUCGCUACCCCAAAAAGAGGCUUUCUGCUGAGAAAGAGAAAGAAAAGACAACCGAGGAGAAGCCAAGGAAGAAGAGGGUCCUGACAGUCACGACGAGAGGAGGAAAUGAAUUGGCAUAUCAGCCAUCAAAGCAAAGAGUCAGGCGCUCCUGCCACAAGUGCGAGACACUAUUUGUGCCUCCGACGGCUACCAUCUGUGAACAGUGUCGACACAUACGAUGCACCAAAUGCCCACGCGACCCGGCAAAGCUGCAAAAGUGGCCUGAAGGCUACCCUGGGGACAUGGACGCGGACAGCGACUCCGAAGUCGAGAAACAGCUGGAGAAGUUCAGGCGCACUUGGAGGAAGCCUCGCCAGAGAGUUCGAUGGGAAUGCGAGCAGUGCAAUUCUGCCUUCAUCAGCGGCUCGCCACAAUGUCCUGGAUGCGGCCAUGAGCGAUGUGAGAAAUGUACCCGAUCACCGAUCAAAAGGACAAAGAAGGAGGAGAACUUUGACCCAAAGCUUGUAGCUGCCGUCGAAGCGAAACUGAAAGCGCUCGACGUCGACAGCGAUGUCCCCACUUCAGGAGUCGAAGCUACUUGA